AUGUUUACCAACAAAUACGUAGCACGGAAGCUUGCAAGGCACAAACGGGAGGGAAUCGGAUUUAUGCAGGUUGAAAAGUUAACGGUACCUUACCUCACUCAGCUUAUGCAUCGAUGCCGUAGAAUAUGCGACCUCAGCAAGCUGUCCAAAUGCAACCUUGACCCCUUCACCGAGACCUACGACCUUUCCUUCUACCUCCAGUACCACGCCAAGUGGCCGUCUCUCUUCCAGGUUGCCGAAGAUCAGCAUGGCAACAUCAUCGGCUACAUCAUGGGAAAGCUCGAGUCCUCCCCGGACAUCUACAAAUAUUCUGAACACUAUCUCCCGUGGCACGCGCACAUCACGGCCGUGACCGUGGCCCCCGAGGCGCGUAGGCUGGGGAUCGGCAAGCUGCUGUCGCAGCAGCUCGAGGCGGCCGCCGACGCCGGCGACGCCUGGUUCGUCGAUCUGUUUGUUCGCAAGUCCAACCACAAGGCCAUCCGAUUCUACAAGAGCAUGGGUUAUAGCGUCUUCAGGGUAGUCAAGGACUACUACGGUGACCACUCGAGCGACCCGACCCUCGACUCCGAGGACGCCUACGAUAUGCGGAAACCGUGCGCGCGUGACGUCAAGCGCAAACACAUACGCGACGACGGCGAGAACCACGAGGUGAACCCCGAGGAUGUUUGGUAA